CACUCAUCCAGAGCUCCGAAGUCUGAUUCCUGGUACGACGACGAUUUCGACAGUUUUCCCUGCUUUACGCCACAAUAGCAACACUUUCGCUUUACGGCAGCUAUCUUCCACAUGUGCAUUUACUAGGCCGUCGUGUGUUUUGAAGUUUCUUCGUCGAAACUUCCGAAUAAUUAAGCACGCAUUUCUCACAUUUGCACUUUAAGACUCGUGUAAGAUGGGCAAAAGUAAGACAACAAAGUUUAAACGUCCUCAAUUUAACACUGUCGGACUACCCGUAAACGCCGUGAAGGAAGCUGCCGCCGAGGAGGAGGAACGUGUGGACGACGACGACUGCCCGGCGGCGGAACUGCUGGAGAAAUUGGAGAGUCCCAGUGCAGAUGUAAGGGAGUGUGCGUGCGCCGGUAUCUCCCGGGUGGUCCAGCAGAGUCAGAGUAUCCCGGCCUUUCUGCAAAGGGAUGCAGUGAGACGGUUGGGGCCCAUGUUGCUGGACGGCAGCAUGGCCGUCAGGGAGACCGCAGCCGGUGCCCUCAGGAAUCUUAGUGCGUGUGGCGGUCAGGAGGUGUGCGAGGACAUGGUGAAGCGCGAUGUCAUGACUCCUCUGACAGCCCUGCUUAGAGAGUGCUGCCUAGGUUUCAACAGUGCUGCGGUACCGAACAAAGAGCUAAAGAACCAUAUGGAGGAUGUCGCCAACGAGGCUGUGAACCUCUUGUGGAAUCUCUGUGAAAGCAGCAACCAGGCACUGUCCCUGUUCAACAAAUCAGGUCUUCUGGAUAUGGUUGUCCAAUGUCUGGAGCGACACCCCCAUAAUGUGGAGCUGGCCACUUCCGCUGCACAUUGUUUACACACUGUGUCAGAGGACAACAACGAGCUGCUCUGUAACAUUAAUGGGGACAUGUACGGAGCUCUCGAGGCCGUGCUGCUGUCUAACCAACCUGAUAUGGUGCACACUCUCCUCAGGACACUGGCUGCAGGGACACUGUGGAAUAUGAACGGAAGCUUACCUGCUGCCCGCCAGGCUCAGACCCUCACAGCUGUGCUGGCCACCUUGUCCCAGUGUCUGGAUGUAGACGCGGGCGAGCUCAUCCCUCAGCUUCGCAGAGCGGAGGAGACGCGCUUGCAUGAUGCUUCCUCCGUGUCGGUUAUGGACGUGCAUGCUUCCACAAAACCCGCUGCGGAGGAAAUGGGUGAAGAGGGAGCUGUGCAGCAUGUGAAGAAUGGAUAUUCUGGAGAUGACUUUUCCGAUCUCUUGCCUAGGGAGAUGGAGGAGCUGAGGGAGGCGGCGGCCUUGCUGAUGGCCCAGCAGACGUCCCUGGAGAUUCUCGUCAACAUGUGCUGCUCCGACGAUCCCUCUGAUGACGAAUGGGAGGAAUCGUCGAGCAGCGACGAAAGCGAACCAGCAGGCGACAGCUUGUCCAGCCUCAUGUCGCCGCUGUGUUUGUCAGCCGAGGUGCACGCGGCCCUCAUCAACCACAAGAUCCCUGAAAAGGUGCUCAAAAAGACACAGUUCCCCAGACAGGAAGCCAUGGACGUGUGCUGCCAGACUCCUUACUGGAGAAGUCUUGUAAAGAAAAUGCAGCGGGUCCAGUCUCGUGCCCUGACAUGCCUCCACAGCAUCCUGUCUGGCAUGGACGCAGAGUCUCUGGGGGGGGCGGCAGCCCUGCAGCAGGCGGCACAACACCUGUCUGCACUGGUCUUUAGCGGGCCAGAGAUUCCCAAAGAUGAGGAGUUCCUGGAGGCAGUCAUCAGUGCAAUGCGGUCUCUUUUACAGAUGACUGCCUCAAAAAAUAUCCCCCAGUCCAUAACUCUGGAGCAAUUGAUGAGCAUCUGUGAAGCUGCCGCGCACUGUGAUGUCAUCAGCGUGAGGGUCAACGCCGUUGCCAUCCUAGGCAUCGCCGGCAGCAACCUUGCCAAAGAAAAAGGCUCAGCUCAAACCCUUCAGGUGAUUGGGAACGGCUUGCUCCAGGUAGCAAACAAUGAUUCCAACCUGGUGGUUAAUGCCGAGGCCCUGGAUGCUCUUUUUGACGUGUUUGCGGACGGCGAGGAGGCGGAGACGGCAGCCAAGUGCAUCCAUUUACUAGCCGCUUUAAAGACGCUUCAGCCUGUGUUUAAAGCUAAGAUCCGUAAGUUGGGAAGGGACAAGUACAGCUCACAUCAGCUGUGCGUGAUUGACAAUGUCAGAGUCAACCUGAGGAGAUUCAUCAGCUACCUGGAGACUGUGGCCAAGAAGUAAUUGGACUAUAAUUGUGGAAAAAAUCCAGUAUUUAUUGUUUAUUUUUUAUUUGUUCUGAACUUGAAAUUUCCAUUUGAGGUUUCUUUACUAUGAUGAAAGCAAAUGCAAGUUUCAGUAAAGACAAGAAAAGUG